UUGCAAUUUUAUGAUGGCUAACUUGACAACUCGUGACAGAUGACAGAUGUCAAACAACCUAAUUUCCAGUUUGUGAAAAAUAUUUCAUUUUUGCAAUUUUGUAGAAACAUAAAGGGCGUUAUGGUUGUUUUAAAUAUAUAACAAACUAUACUGUUAAGUACAUAAUUUAAGAUCGAAUGUUAUAAGUGUAGAAAAUAAGGUUAAAAAUAUUUACCAAAAAUGCGGCGCAGGGCAGGACUAGGAGCGAUUCAGAAGCACAAACUGGAGCAAGAAAAAUACAAAGACAAAGGAAAUGAAAUUCAGGAAAAUCAAUUGGAACAAAUGACACGGCAGAUGGAAGUUUUCAAAGUAAAUUUGGAAGAAUUUGCGACCAAACAUAAAAAUGAAAUUAGGAAAAAUCCCGAGUUUCGAAGACAGUUUCAAGAGAUGUGUGCUAGUAUCGGCGUAGAUCCACUCUCUUCAGGCAAAGGAUUUUGGUCGGUUUUAGGUAUUGGUGAUUUUUAUUAUGAACUGGCUGUGCAGAUAGUCGAAGUUUGUUUAGCUACAAAUUACAAAACUGGAGGUUUGAUUAGUUUAAACGAGUUGCGUACGCGAUUAAUUAAAGCAAGAGGAAAAGGUAAGCAGCAUCAGGAGAUAACCCAAGAUGAUUUAAUUCGUGCCGCACAAAAACUGAAAAUUUUUGGUAGUGGCUUCAUGGUUGUACCAGUUGGGAAAGGGCAAUAUAUGGUUCAGUCAAUUCCUGGCGAACUAAGCAUGGAUCAUACAGCUGUUUUGCAACAAGUCACCCACUCAAAUCAGGCGUUUGUGUCGGUGGGGUACUUACGAAGGGAGUUGGGCUGGGAAGAGGGAAGAGCAAAAAAAGCGUUGGAUCACAUGGUGGAUCAAGGACUUGCAUGGUUGGAUUUACAGAAUCCUUCUGAAAAAUUGUACUAUUUUCCUAGUUUAUUUAAUGCAUGUAUUAAUUCAUCAAAUUAAAGAACUGUCAACAAUGAAAACAA